ACGAUGUCGACGAAUCCACCCGAGUUAAAUAGAAUUCGCAGCGUGCGUGUCCCACGGCGCAUGUACGUGUCGAAAUUCCAGCGCUACGGCGGCGCCGCCAUCGUCGUCGUGCUCGCAGUCGCCGUCGGCGCAGGAAUGCUUCCUGGAUCCACGACGCGGCAAGAGUCUUUGGAAGAGAAGCGACGGCUUGAGCGUGAAACGUGGUGUGACGUCGGCGACGCGCGCCUCGACCGCGGGCUCCCGGGGCCCGGAGCGCCGCCUAUAAAGUUUGACCGUUGUACGACCGUCGACCUGACAAUGCGUUCGGAGCCGCUCGGCAACGAAGGCGCUCGGCUUCUGUCGCAAGCGCUCGUCGGGAAGCGAUACGGCAAGGAACACCGGCGCAACGUACGACGCCUUCUGCUGCAGCACCAGGACAUAUCCGACGGCGGCGCUCGAAGCAUUGCGCGGAUCCUCGCCGAGUGCGCGGACGGGCAUCUGACGUGCGCGUUUGACUUGCGGCGCCGCCUGUCGAUCGACUUAACGAACAACCCGAUCACUCAUCGCGGCGUCGAGCAGAUGCGUGCUGGCGUCGAGCGCGCGCGGAGCCGAGGCUUCGCCGUCGUGGUCUGGGUCGGCGGCAGAGUCGAAGGUGAAACGCGGCGCCGGGGACCACUUCUCAAACUUGGUGCGCUCGAGCUACAGCUCGGAAAGCCACCACCGCGCAAGACUCCGGCGUCGGAAGCCGAGAUACGUAUCCCUCCUACCUUCUUCCAAAGACUCUUGCCGCCCGACGCGCUGACCACCGUGCGGACGCGUGGAGCCUUGGUGGCCGUCGGAUUCCUAUGCGGCUACCUCGCGCGCCAGCUGCGGAGCCCCGUCCGCGUCCGGGUGAACCUCGAGUGGAACGAGGAGUCGAGGAGCGUGCGAGCCGUCCGCCGCUUCACGAAACUGCUCGGCGGAGGGAUCGAGGCAUAAAAUGUUAAAGCUAGCGGCAUGUAGGCACUAGCCAAAAAACCACGCGCGCCAAAGCUGCCCGCGAAGCCUACAGCAGGCACCUUUGCUGGCAAAGGCACAGCCGCGUCUCUCCCAGGCUUCUCCGUGCCGAAACGCUGCUGCUUGCUGCCUAGAAGCACCGGCAACCAUGCGAUGCUCUCUGGCUCUCCUCGCGAGCACGGCCGCCUGGCAGCUCCCGCGUCGACGCGUUCCUGUUCUCGGUCGUCCAGCGCUUUACAAAUCCACGCACCCAGCCCUGUCGACGCAACCCAGCUGGCUCGUGCCAGCCAAGCCUGCCAGGGCGGCGCCGCUCCGCGCCGUUUCCAUCGAUGAGGAACAACAAACAAUGGCGCGAGUGGCCCCCUUGCUCGGCUUUCUGGGUUUGUGGUACGCCUUCAACGCCGCCUUCAACGUGCAGAACAAAGUGAUACUAAACAAGUUCCCGUACCCCUGGGCGGCGUCGUGGUUUCAAUUGGCGAGCGGCAUUCUGUUCUUCGUGCCGGCCUGGCUCACGAAACUAAGGAGCCCGCCGAACGUCGACACAAAAUUAAUAUUACGCUUUUUACCGAUCGCCGCCUUACACUGCGGCGGCCACGGCUUGCAGGUGUCGAGCAUGGGUGCUGGAAGUGUUUUCUUCACGCACGUCAUCAAGGCCACGGAGCCGGUCGUGGGCAUGCUCGUAUUGCUAGCGUUUACAGGGAAAAUAGCCCCCUGGUGGGUCAACGCCUGCCUCGCGCCGAUCGUGGGAGGCGUGGUGUAUGCGGGUAUCAAGCCCGGCACGGCCUUCGGCAUGGGCGACUUGCUGGGGUAUGCCUCCGUCGCCGCUUUAGCGUCGACGGUGGCCUUCUCCAUUGCGAAAUUACUAGCCAAGUCUCUGAUGACGAAAGAAACGAAAAAGAAGCACAACCUGACCCCGGCCAACAACUACGCCGUCCUCACCGUCUGCUCUACCCUCGUAUUGUUGUUGCCUUCGGCUCUGGGCGAGGGACCCGCGGCUUUAGCCGCUAUUAAGGCGAUGCCGAACCCGGCCGCGUUCAUGCGCCAGCUCGUGGGCUGCGGCUUUUUGUACUACGGCUACAACGAGAUGGGCUUUCGGGUGCUUGACUUAUUAUCGCCGGUGUCGGCGGCCGUCGCCAACUCUCUCAAGAGAGUUGCUGUCUUGCUAGCGGCGGUGAUCUUCCUGGGGGAGAAGGUGUCGUCCAGAAAAAUCAUUGGAUCUUCGGUUGCCAUGGCGGGCGUCUUGCUGUACUCGCUAGCGAAGACCAAGGCGGCGAAGCUGCCGCCGAAGCCCGUGAAGAUCGUCGUCGACGCCGAGGAGCCCGGCACGUGGCAGCCAUAGGUUAUGCACAACCUAACUUAUACAU